AUGGCCAGCGAAGACGCCGUUACUGCCACCGGCCAAGGCCCGAUCGUGCUCACAGAGUCUCCCGUGGACUCGGUGCCCAAGCAAGACCGUCGCAUGAGCGACGAAUGGGAUGCUGCCAAGGUUCCGCCCAGCCGUUUCCAAAAACGAAAGGGCUCCAUCUACGCCACGCCCAGCUCGCGUGACGGCCACGUCGACCGCAACUAUCAAGACAAGUACCACGCCAAGAUUGCGGAAAUGGCAAAGACCAAGUAA